AUGAAAACAUACUUUAUAAUCAUGCUUCCAGGGGAAUAACAGUCAGUACGACAACUCAGCUGAGAAUGAAGGCAUUAAUAUUGGUGAUAGGCAUCCUAUGUCUACAAAUAAAGAAUGGAUCUGGAGCAUGUGAUCUGGGAUAUGCGAUCAAUAGUUUUGCUACCGACUUAUUCAAAGAGCUCUUGUUAAAUGCUACGGAUAACAAUAUCUUCUUUAGUCCAUUUAGCAUCUCAACAGCCUUGGCUAUGACACAAUUGGGAACUGACGGAAGAACAUCACAACAAAUGAAAAACACCUUGAAGGUUGACAACUGCCGAAACCACCAUCAACUAUUCAAACAACUGCUGAAUGAUAUCAAUGGGAGGAGGACAACAUAUGUUCUUAAAUCUGCCAAUAAUAUUUUCCCAAACACUAUAUUUAACAUUGAUCCAACAUACUUGGUUGAUGUAAUGAGGUACUACCAAGCUCAGGUUAGAGCAUAUAAUUACACUACCCAAGCAAGAGUUGCUGUGAAAGAAAUUAAUGAAUGGAUAUCUAAUAACACAGAAGGCAAACUGAAGGAUGUUCUUUCUUCAGCUGAUGUAAAUGCAUUCACUAUGCUCCUACUUGUUAAUGCAAUAUACUUCAAAGGGGACUGGAAAUAUACAUUUGAUACCAAGAACACAAAGUCAGCUACAUUUUACUGUCCGAGUAGGAGAAUUACUGUUGACAUGAUGAUGCAAACUCUGAAUGAGAGCCAGACACAUGUGUAUAUUAAAGAUGAUGAUCUUGAAGCAGAUAUUCUUGAAUUACCCUACAAAGGAGAUGAGGUCAGCAUGGUCAUAAUCCUUCCAAAGCUUAAAAGUGACAGAUUAAAAGCACUUGAAGAUCUUAAAGCGAAAUUAACUGCAACCAAACUAGCAUCUAUACAGGAGGAAAUUGACAAGCAUGACUUCACAUUGGAAAAUCGUGAAGUGAAUCUGCGCUUUCCAAAAUUGUUGAUUAGCUGGAGAUCUGCACUGGAAAAACACCUAAAGAAUCUUGGGAUGAUAGAUGUGUUCUCCUCUGAACCUGGUGUUGCUAAUUUCUCAAGAAUAUGCCAUGGAAAUAAACCUUGCGAUCUGUAUAUUAACAAAGUAAUCCACCAGACUUUUGUUGAAGUCAAUGAAGAAGGGACUGAAGCAGCAGGUGUCACAAUCACAGGCAUGCCAAUAAUAAUUGGAGGUGGGCCAGUAGACUUCAGAGUUGACAGACCAUUCCUAUUUUUGAUCCGCCACAAGAAAUCAAAAGCUAUCUUAUUCAUGGGGUGCAUUACCAAAGCAACUGCUGCCAAAAAGGUUACAUCUUGUAUGACUAAUAAGCCAUGCAUGAAGAUGUAUGAUGGCUCUCCAGCAAAACAUUGUUGUGGAUGCAAGUUCCAGUUCAAAGAUCCUACAAAAAAGAAUGGUCAACCCCAAGACCCAAAAGUGGUACUAAGAAAGCUAAAGAAGAACUGCAAUGGAGAAGACUGCAGGGAAUCUUGCUUGACAGAGAAAUGCUUGAAGAAAUACAAAGUGAAGAAUACAUGUAAAGUUAAGAAAAGAAGUAAAUCAAGACAACCUUAAUAUGAAGAAAUGAAAAUGAUAUGAAACAAUGUCUGCAAGAAGAAAAUGCAGGCAAUUCAUCUCUCUUAAUGUACUUGCAAAAUAACUAACUAACUGGUUGACAAAAUAUCAGUAACAUUCUGUUCAAAUCUUAAUAAAUAGUUUUUUUUGUUGCAUUGUAUUUCCAAACAACAGAAUUAUGGAUUGAUGUCAUUUCUAAAGAAUCUUCAAAAUAUGUCAAAAUGAUACAUUCUCACUUGUAC